AUGGAAGCAUCAUCUAACCAACCCUAUUACUGGAGGCCUACGCAGAACCUAAAUCUAUACUCGGGUGACGUAAGCCAAGGAAGCCAGUUUUCCAACAAUUCUACUUCUUCAGUCAGCUUCUCCACAAAUGGCAGCCCCGUAUCGGUAUCACUGCAGGAGUCUCACCCAGACACCGACUAUAACUCUCAGGACGUGGACGAUUUGCAGUUGAGGCUCAGAGAACUAGAAACUGUUAUGCUGGGAACCGAUGAGGAUUUUCAAGACUUAUUUGAUGUUUCUUCUGCUUUGACUGCUGCUACUACUUGGCGUGAUGAUGAUUGCAGGACGAUGAAAGAGAUGAUCGAUAGAGGAGACCUGAAACAAGUGCUUCUUGCUUGUGCUAAAGCAAUAGCAGAAAAUGAGUCGAUAACUGCGGAGUGGCUGAUAUCGAUGGUACGUCCUUUGGUGUCUGUUUCCGGGGAGCCCACACAGAGAUUAGGAGCUUACCUGAUGGAAGGGCUGGUGGCGAGACUAUCUGCUUCAGGCAGCUUUAUCUACAAAUCUCUGAGGUGCAAAGAGCCAACGGGGCCUGAGCUCUUCUCUUACAUGCACAUGUUAUACGAAGCAUGUCCUUACUUCAAGUUUGGUUAUUUGUCUGCAAACGGAGCCAUUGCAGAAGCAAUGAAGAACGAGGACAGAAUCCAUAUAAUCGACUUUCAGAUUGCACAGGGCGGACAGUGGGCGACUCUUAUCCAGGCUCUUGCAGCUCUGCCGGGUCCCCCAAGGCUAAGAAUCACCGGAAUCGAUGAUUCCAGAAACGCGUACGCAAGGGGCGGAGGACUGGAAGUCGUUGGACAGAGACUAACAAAGCUGGCAGAAGCAUGUAAACUUCCGUUCGAAUUCCAUGGAUUGCCUGUUUCCGGUUCCGAGAUCGAGGCUCGACAUUUCAGGAUCGACCCGGGGGAGGCAUUGGCUGUUAAUUGUGCGUUUGUGUUGCACCAUUUGCCAGAUGAGAGCGUGGAUCCUCAGAAUCACAGGGACAGAAUGUUGAGGCUGAUCAAGGGUUUGUCUCCAAAAGUGGUGACUCUUGUUGAGCAAGAAGCUAAUGUGAACACUGCGCCAUUCUUGCACAGGUUCCAAGAGGCGUUGAGCUACUACUCGGCUAUGUUUGAGUCGAUUGAUGUGACUGUUCCCAGGGAUCAUAAAGACCGAAUCAAUGUGGAACAGCAUUGUCUUGCUGGUGAGAUAGUUAACAUAAUCGCAUGUGAGGGUGCUGAAAGGGAGGAGAGACAUGAGCUUCUUGGGAAAUGGAGGUCACGUUUUGCUAUGGCGGGAUUCACUCCGUAUCCUCUUAGCUCUUAUGUCAAUGCCACCAUCAAGACCUUGCUAGACAACUACUGUGACAAGUAUAGACUUGAGGAGCGAGAUGGGGCCCUCUUUCUUGGAUGGAUGAAUCGAGACUUGGUCUCGUCUUGUGCAUGGAAAUGCAACUUUUAG